GUGGCACAAGUAAUGUCAAAACAAACAUAAAUCACAAAUCAUCAUUGCGAUAAGAUUAUAUAACGUUUUUUAAUAAAAUGUACAUAAAAUCAUAAAAAAUAUUUGGAAUAUCCUUCGAAAUUAUGCGUUCAAACAAUUAACACAGAAAUAUUACAAAAUGAGUGAUGAAAAAGGUAAAGAAGCUGCGAAGCCUCGCACGAUACCCAAAUACAUGAACUUCAUCAUUGGAGGCACCGCCGGGAUGAUGGGAAUUAGUGUAGUACAGCCGGCAGACUUGUUGAAAACCCGCAUGCAGUUGCUGGGUCCCGCUGGGAAAAACGCGUCGUUCGUGGGGGUUGCAAAAGAAAUCGUGAGAAAAGAGGGUAUUUUAGGUUUCUACGUGGGUCUAUCGGCUGCUCUGCUCCGCCAGGCCACUUACGGCACUGGUAGGCUUGGCUGCUUCAAUGCAAUGUUCGACUGGCAUAUAGCUAAUCGCGGCGUUCCCAAUUUUCCAACAAAGAUCGCAAUGGGUGUGGUUUCUGGUGCUUUCGGAGCAUGGAUAGGCACACCUGCCGAAGUAGCGCUCAUUCGAAUGACCGCUGACGGCAGGUUACCGCCAGAAAUGAGGAGAAACUAUACGAAUGUAUUCAACGCUCUAAUCAGGAUAACGCGAGAAGAAGGGAUAACAACACUAUGGAGGGGCGCCGGCGCUACUGUCAGCAGAGCUAUGGUGGUCAAUGGCGCCCAACUGGGCUCCUACUCCCAGGCUCGAGAGAUGCUUCUGCCAUACAUGUACGAUGGCUUGCCACUCCACGCAGCAGCAGCCAUGAUUGCCGGCUUCGUCACUACUGUUGCCUCACUACCCGUCGACAUUGUUAAAACCAGUAUAUUUUACGUUGCUUCUGUCCGUACGUCACUGCAGGAAUGCCAACUGAAAAUUAGUGUUGGGUACUUAUUCUGCCCAGCUUAUAAUGAAGUGGCAACCCCUCUGGCAUGAACAUAGUGUUGCCACCUUGAUGUUUAUUUUUUAUACUUUUGUGUGUUUUUUUUUCUUUUUAGGUUUACUUUUUAAGUAUAACAUAAUUAAGUAUAAAAAUUAUAAGUAUAAGCUUUUUUUGUUUUGUUGUACAUACCUAUAAUGCAUGCCUACAAUAUUUGUGGUGCAUCGUGUCUGGUGUCAAAUAAAUUAUUUUUCUUUCUUUCUAUUUUUGUAUUAUAAAUCUCGUGAGACAUAUUAAAUGUAUAAGGCUUAUAGCUGACGCUCACUGCCGGCACGGUCCGGCGUGGUAUGGCAAAGGAUUUUAAUCACUAAGCAAGUCAAUUUGAAUUUUAUUUCAAUGAGUUUAGAAUUCAUGUGACUUUAUCUCGAUACCACUAUGCUCCCCAUCCACAGCAUUGCAUCUCACCAGAUGUACCUAUGGGUCACUGUGUGUCAAGGAAUUGUACUUGCUAUGCUAGUUGCUUGGCUCAACUCUCGGUAGAAUGUCGCGACAUAUCACGGGAUACCGCGACGUGCCAAGCCGGCAGAGACUGCCAGCUCUUACUCACUUAGCUGUUUGACGAGGUAAUUCGACUAGUUUCGGAUCACACCAAGGGCUCAUAUGCAUGAACAGAAUUGUGUAAAUUCCUACACGAUGCCGACGACCGUCAGUCAGUCAGUUGGAUGUGUGACGUUCGUGAUCGUCAUUUAUAGUGCUUGGAAGUGGAGUGAGCUUCCUUGUCAAACAGUUCAGUUGCAUAAUUUGGUAAAUGACUGCACGGUUGGUGCGGUGGCUGGGCAACUGGCUGCCGCGCAACGGGUAGCGGGUUCGAUUCCCGCACGGAGCAACUCUUUGUGUGAUCCACAAAUUGUUGUUUCGGGUCUGGGUGUCAUGUGUAUGUGAACUUGUAUGUUUGUAAACGCACCCACGACACAGGAGAAAAUCCUAGUGUG